ACCUGAAUUCAUUUCUAUAUAUAUUCAUUCAUAUACACACAGUCCCAUUCGUCUCAUAAUCUUCACUAAGCUUUUUUUUCAAACAAUGGCGUUUCUAAAAACCAAAAGCCUUACUUUCUUCUUCGCCUUCCUCCUCUCUCUCUCGACGCUCUCCGACGCACGGAGGUUUGAAGUCGGAGGGAGCGGCGCGUGGGUUCCAAACCCGCCGGAAAAUUACGAAUCUUGGGCUGGAAAAAGCCGUUUCCGUGUUCACGACACACUCUAUUUCAGCUACGCCAAGGGAGCGGACUCUGUGCUAGAGGUGAACAAGGGUGAUUACGACGGAUGUAAUACCAAGAAUCCGAUCAAGAAAAUGGACGAUGGAAAUUCUGAGAUCUCGCUUGAUCGUUCUGGUCCGUUUUACUUCAUCAGCGGCAAUGAAGAUAACUGUAAGAAGGGACAAAAGCUUACUGUCGUCGUCUUGUCUGUUAGAAGUCCCGCUCCUCCUCCUCAAGCUGCUGCUCCGGGACAUUCUCCUCCGGGAUCAAUGGCACCAAAGGGCUCUUCCCCUGUUUCUCCGACGACUUCUCCUCCCGGUUCAAUGGCACCUAAGUCCUCUUCCCCUGUUUCUCCGACGACUUCUCCGCCGGCACCUAAAUCCUCUUCCCCUGUUUCUCCGUCCUCUGCUCCGGUGACUUCUCCGCCGGGUUCAAUGUCACCUAAAUCUUCUUCCCCUGGUUCUCCGAUGGCUUCUCCGCCAGCACCUCAAACACCUAAAUCAUCUUCCCCGUCCACUGCUCCGGGCUCUUCACAGCCGGGAUCAAUGGCACCAAAAUCUUCUUCCGCUCUUUCUCCAUCUUCUGCUCCGGGAGGAUCUCCUUCCUCUGUUUCUUCUUCGCCGACAGCCAACUCGCCGUCGGGGAUGGGUCCCUCGGGAGAUGGUCCAUCAGGUUCGGCGAUGGGUCCCUCCGGAGAUGGUCCGUCAAGCUCCGGUGAUAUCAGUGCGCCGGGAGGAGCUCCAGGCGAUAAAAAGUCAUCUGCGAAUGGUAUGGCCGUUAUGUCGGUAACUACAGUUUUAAGUAUGGUUUUGAUCAUCUUUAUGUCAGCUUAAGAACACACACUUGGAGUCUAGUUUCAUGUCGGAUUCCAUUUUCUUUAUUCGAUUGUUUCAGUGAUCAUUUGUAGUCUCUCUACUUUGUUUUGUUAACUUGUCUGUGGAUCCCCUCCUAGUUCUGUAUUAUUGAGUAUAGUUAUAUAAAUUGUUUUGUUAUCAUAAAUAAUAGACACAAUGUUGUG